UUUUAUCGUGUAGUUUCGAUUGGCAACGUAUGCUUGAAAUCUCACAUGGCAUUGAAACCUACAUAUAGUUAUUCCGAUUGAAUAAGCGUGUGCGAACACUAUGGCGGACGACGAAGAUCCCGUCGAACAUGAGAUUAAUGUGUACCUCUCUAAAAGCUUGGCACAAAAUUUAUGCCUAUUUCAGUACCCAGUGCGGCCAGCGCACAUGACCUAUGAUUCAGUCACACACCUAUCUGCUCGGGUCAAGCCGACCCAGAAGAAGGUUGAGCUUGAGCUGAACAUCAACACGCGGAGCCCCAACUACGCCCGGAGUAAAGGGGAGCAGAUAGCCCUCAAUGUAGAUGGGACCCCUGCAACAAGGAAGGGCGAGCGCUUCUAUGGCAGUGAACUGAUGGACAAGCAGGUGCUCACCUCCUCUUCAUGCAGCAUGUCCACAAACCGCUACGCAGCAGGAGUCCUCAAGGAGGGUGAGCUGCACCUGACACCGCUACAUGGGCUGGUGCAGUUGCGACCUGGCUUCUCCUACCUGGACCAUGCAGACACCAGGCCCAAACCUGACUUGACUGCUGGCGGCGAUGUGGGAGAUUCGUCCCAGGACGAGAUGGAGGAAGAAGCCAAGCCCGUGACCGUCAAGUUUGCCCGUCGAGAGAGUGAGGAGGCUAAAGCUAGGAGAAUGGCAUCGUAUGAAUAUCUGAAACAGAGAAUGAAUGAAGAGCCCUGGGUACAAGUGGAGUGCCAUGGGAUAGAGGACAAUAUGGCAGAGUCAGAGCGGCUGUUGCUCCUAGCAACACAGGGUGAUGACAUGUCAGAGUUCCAGAUGGCAGGGAAAGACUACAUGCAUUGUCUGAUGCCCCCAACCACAGAGCAGACAGAAGACCAGCCGGCCAUGCCCAACAACGUUCUGUCUCUCUCCCAGCUUAGGACUCUUCCUCUCCCAGACCAAGUCCGUACACUUCUCAUCAAUGUGAAAGUCCUCCGCCUGUCCCAGCUGCUGGCGCUGCUACCCCAGGGGACAGACCCUGCAGCUGUGCUCCGCUCCCUCCAGCAGGUGGCUGUGCUCAUCCAGGGAUGCUGGGUCGUCAAGAGUGAGGUGCUGUACCCGAAGGAGGCCUGCAGCCCUCACAGCGGCAUCUCCUCCGAGAUUCUGUGUCGUGGCAGGGACUACGUGAUGUGGAAGUUCACUCAGUCCAGGCAUGUUGUCCGCAAAGAUGUGUCAUCUGUGAUAAAGCUACCAGCAGAGGAUGUCAAGGAUAUUCUGGAGCAGAUGUCAAAGGUCAAGGCCAAUAAGGGCUGGGAGUUUGUGUGUGAGUUUGACAAGGAGUUCGCAGACAGGUACACAGACAUCGUACAGCGGCAGAAGAUGCUGUGGGACGCCAAGUACCAGGCCCUCGCCAAGCAGUUCAAGAUUCCAAAAGAUCAGGAUAAGAAAGUGAAAGGAACUGAAAUGGAAUCUCCUACCAAAAUUGAAAAGCCACGCCGCCGAAGAACAUCAUCAAAAUCAUCACCACGACAACGGACACUUAGUGGUCGGUCCAUGUCAGAUCAGAGUGAUAUGGAAAUGGAUCCUGGAAAUCAAACAAAGGAGGUAACCCCUGCAACGACAGAACCUCUUGUGAUAGCAACUGAGGAGGUCCAUGAUGUAGUACCAAUGGAGGUGUCGGAAUCCGACCAUGUGACACAAAACGGUCCAAUCAGGGAGAACAUGAAUACCAGUGAUACCAAUAAUUUAACAAAUGGUCUUAGUACUGAACUCCGAGAAGAACUGUUGGCAUUCAUGGCUAAUUUAUUACGGACUAGGAAAGUGUUUACACAUAGCGAAAUGAAACGACUGUUUGCACUAAAACUUCAGAUGUGUCCACCAGGGCAUGUGUUGGGGUCGGGGGUGUCGGAGAAGUUGUUGGAGGAUGUUGUUGUCGAGGCUGGAGGGAUGUUAGUAGACAACCAGUGGCCUCCCAACACCAAGCCCGAGCCGAUCUAUGCACUUGUCAAAGUGGGAGAUGAAACUGAUGAGGUCCGGAAGGUCCUGUUUGACAUGUUCCGGGGAAGCUGCCGAGUGAAGACCAGUGCUUUCAAGAAAAAGAUAUUGGAAUUCACAGGAAGUGAACAGUCUGACAACAACUGUAGAACACUGCUCAGGGAGUACUGUGAGACCCGCGGAGCCCUGUGGUACCUGAAGGGAGCGUGUCCUGACUCAUGAUACAGGGCAGCUCCUCUGCUGGGAGCAUUGUCAGCUAAUCCUGUGAUGUCAGCAUAAACAUUCCUGCAGCCAACUGUGGAGCCACCUGCCACCAUCUUCAGAGUGGAGCCAACAUCUAGCCACAUGCCGCCAUCUUCAGAGUGGAGCUAACAUCUAGCCACAUGCCGCCAUCUUCAGAGUGGAGCUAACAUCUAGCCACUUGCCACCAUCUUCAAAGUGGAGCCAACAUCUAGCCAACAUCUUCAAAAAGCAGGCUACAUCUUUUUCAGUGUUGAGCCAUCAAGGAGCUACUUGUCACAAUCAUCAACAUGUGGAGUGACCAUUCUCAACAUCUGUCAACAUGUGGUGCCACCUACCUGAUUUGUAGAAGACUUCAUUGUUAAGAUACUUACUGAGAAUUUAUUGGCCCUCUAGGCAUUCAACUGAUUUGCUAGCAGAAGGGACAAACUCUCAUACUGAAAUUUGCUGUUCAUUUUGGGUAUAUGAACAUCCGCAACCCAAGGAUGUCUUGUCACCCACACACAAGAGUUGGUACUGGUGGAAGUCAAUAUUGAAGGGACUGUGUUUUGAAUGAAAUGUGCUGGUCAGUCUAUGAACCAGUUGGACAGUUUGUAUCUUGAAUCUUCGUUAAGAAGCCUGAAGUCAACGUUUUGGUUCCAUUAUGGCCAUAGAAUUGUGCUUGUAUUGCUUUUUGGAAGCAGGUACAGUGUGAGUUGUCUGAUGUUGGUUGAGACGAAUACUGUCAGUACAGUUUGUGAUUAAUUUAAGGAAUUUGAGAUACUCUGGUUGUGGACAGGAAACCAGUGAUUCACUAUCUACUUUUAUGCCAGGAGCCUGGUUCUCAGUAUACACAUCUCAGUUAUCUGAGUGGCGUUACCUUACAAUCAGCCCAGAUGUCUUGAGGUGCUGCGGUUUACUGGACAGACUGACCGAGGUGUGUCAAAACCUGUAAUAAUAAGUUCAACAUCCUGAUGGACCCAGAACAUGUUCCUUGUCACCAGCAUACUCCUGCUUUCACCAUAGAACUAAACACGGAAGUCUGAUGGAGCUGUUCUCCCAUCAGCACUCUUUACCAGCUGACAAGGGUGGUUCAUACAUUUGCUUGCAGAUCUGAAGUCAUGGGUUCACUUCCCAUUAUGGGUGAAUCGUGCAAAGCCUGUUUCUACUGUCCCCUUCAGUGACAUAGCUGAAACAUUGCUGAAGGGGUGUAAAAUCCCACUCACUGUCAACGUUGUCUUACAGUGUGUUUGUGGUUACAUCCACCUUUACAGUCCCCUUACCUGACCAUUAUGUGCAUGUAAUCUCACUGGAACAAUGUCUAAUCAAGUCACUCUUACUCACUGAUGUUGUAAGACAUGAUGGUUCUUCAUUCAACUUGGCUCGUCACGCCGAAGACCCGGGUUCGAAUCCCCACAUGGGUACAAUGUGUGAAGCCCAUUUCUGGUGUCCCCCGCCGUGAUGUUGCUGGAAUAUUGCUAAAAGCGGCGUAAAACCAAACUCAGUCAGUCAGUCAGUCUUCAUUCAACACGACGUACAUAUAGAACUAGAAUCAAUGAACAAUACAUUCAGAACCCCUGUCACAGCUUGUGUACCUUGAGAACAAAAGAUCCACAUAAGGGACCAUUCAUAAUUGGGGGUGUUUGUGUGUUUUGAUGAUUUUUAUGGAGAAGCAUGUACAAUGUGAAUGAC